AUGUUUCAUGAUGAUUCCAAUGUGGGCGGCCAGACUUGCCUUUGGCACUUUAGCGGGCCGGCCAAGCCGGCGCGGGCUCUCGAAAUUUGCUUCGGCGACAUCGGUCAGAUGUACAGCCGUCCCAGAGAGCUUGCCGAUGCGCUUCGUGAGGGUGGACAGGCCACGCUGAUGCGCGUGAGGCCCUGGCUCUCCGGCGCAGCGCUGCGCGGUCUCCAGCGGAGCCUCCAGUGUGCGCAGCUGAAGAACGUUGCCCAUCGGUAUCGGGACAUCGAGUCAGCAGACGAGUACACCUACUCCGUGCCGAUCACGGUUCCAUGGGCAGAGCUCGACCUGGACCACGUCAUCAGCGCUGGGCAGGUCUUCUCAGCAGAGGAGGCGCAGCAUGACAAGGUCAUGCAUCUGCGGAAGGUCGGCCUACAGGCGAUCCGGCAAGGAAAGGUCGGCGUAGUGCUGCUGGCCGGAGGUGCAAACUGGCGCCUGGGCUCCGGACCUGUUGGUGUUAGCAGGCUGAAUCUCAAGUCGGGCAAGAGCAUCAUCCAGCUGCUGUGCGAACGAGUGCGGCGCGUGGCAAUGCUUUGCCGAACUGAGGAUCGUCGGGCAGCAAAGCGGGUUGCGAUACCGGUCCUCGUUCUCACCUCUCGGCUGACCCACCGAGCGGUCUUCGAGCAUUUCGAGGCGAAUCAGUACUUCGGAUUGCACCCCGGUGACGUGAUCUUUUUCGAUCAACCGGUUGCACCUGUCUUCGACAUGAAUGGCAAGCUCCUGGCACAAAGCUUAGGAGGGGAGUUCGCGCAAUCUCCUGGCGGCACCGGCGCCGUGUUGAGAGCGCUUGCGAGCUCCUCCGCCCUGGAGCAGUGCCGCGACCGAGGGGUCGAGUGCUUGCACAUCGUGGGGACAGAAAACCUUCUCGCACGAGUUUGCGAUCCCGUUUUUAUUGGCUUUUGCCGCCACUUAGAUGUGGACUGUGCGUGCAAGGUUGCUGAGCGUGGCGACAUCGCUGAGGACGUCGAACUCUUCGUAGUCAGACAAAGCCCUGUCUCGACGCAGUUCGCUGACAUCGAAGAUGCCGCAUGCGGCCUUGAAGCAUCGCAGGCACCAAAGGAUGUGCUGCAAGCUCGAAAUAGGGCGGGCUUGCUCAGCUACUCGGGCUCCAUCAACUCUUUCUUCAUGACGGUCUCCUACAUCCAGGAGGUUGUUGACCGACCCGUGCCACACCAAAAGGUGGCCAGGCUGGUUCCCUACCUCGACUUCUGGGUGGACAGCCAGGAGGAGUGCGUGGAGGAGUCUGAGGUGGUUCCGGAUGCGAGCCCGCCCUCUCUUCUCACCAAGGGCAGCUCCUCCCCGACAGACAAGAAGGCCGGAAAGUCCGCUGGCCUUCGCAUGGGGUCCUGGCCCUCUGAGACGAUUUCCUCGGACCUGGCGUGCCAAAGGGCACUGCUGGCUGCUGCGGCCGAAAUCCGUGCGAACCACAAAUUAGGUGCAGACGACCGUGAGAACGCCUGGCGCUGCGAAGUGAACUUGGACUCGACGGGGCCAGUGGCCGUGGUGCGAGUGCGUGAGGCCGCAUGCGGACCAAGGAUAGUCCCCGGAUCUCUUGCCGGGCCCUCCGGGGCCGAGAUGCUCCGCGCCGCCUUGGCAGAGCAGGCGCCGCUGAGGUGCAGCUUGGUGGUGCCUGCCAAGCCCAACGCCUGGGUUCUCGAAUCCUCGCUGCUGGACUACUUUGCCUUCACCGACCGGGCGGUGGCCUUUAAGGUCACCAGGGAGGUUGAGUUCGCCCCUGUGCGAGAGACAAAGGGCCGGCAUACCGCUGAAGCGGCGAGGCUAACCAUGCAUCGGCUGCACUGCGCGUGGGUUCGCGCCGCCGGAGGCAGCAUCACAGAGGGGAGCGAGUCGGAUGCUAUGAUGGAGGUUUCUCCACUGGUCUCCUUCGAGGGCGAAGGUCUCGGUGCUCGCCCUUUGCCAGGCGGUAUCGGACGGGGGCUGGACUUAGAUGGAAGUGUGCUGAAGUUGCCGUGCCACCUCACCGCGCCACAAGAGACGCCGGAAGAGGCGGCAACCGAGAAAAUUGACGAGACAUCGGCGACGCAGGCCGCAGACGGCCUCGACACCAGCCCUUUCUAUCUUCAGGAGUAUCCUCUGCGGCCGGAGGUGAGUAAGUCCGGCGCACCACAGCUGAAUGCACCGGGUCGAAUCGCCAACAGCUCCUUCUGA